AUGCGCCUCCCAUCUAUCCUCCCCUUCUCCUUCUCCCUCACUCUAUUCCUCACCCUCACCCUUGCCUCCGCAAACACCCUAAACAUAACGGUCAUCAACACCCACAACAACCACUCCACCCUCGAAUGCUGGGCCCUCGAAUGCUGGGCCCUCGAACCGGGUUUCCAGUCCUCGACACAAGCUGGUACAUCGGGUACUCAAGCAUUGAAUCUCGGGCCUAUCGGCUCGAAUGCAAGUUAUACUGUUCUUCCCGCGGGGUUUGAUGGGGGAGACAUAAUGCGCCUGCGAAGCAGUAUAUGGGUAAUUUUCCUCACCGGCCUCGCACACAUAACCCUCCCCAACACCACCACCACCUCCUCCUCUUCCUCCUCCAAGACAGAAGCCUGGAUUACCGGCGGUAAACAUGGCGCAAUUCUCACACUGGAUACACCGGAUGUUAGUACCUGGGGCCAUAUCACGAAAUACCCCUCGGAUCAGGAGACGGUUGCGUUGCAAAUUCCCCUGAAAGAGGGGGAAGUGCCGGGGCAUGUGGUUUUGUAUGAGGGGGUUGUGUGUGGGGGAGGAGGUGGAUGGGUGAGUGAAUUGGGGGAUUUGAUGGAGCAUGUAAUGAGGGAGAAGGAGAUAAAAACUCAACCCAUUCUGGUACAAGAACAUUAA